GCGAAGUCACGGGUUUUAGGGCCGCGUGAUGCAUCUCUUCCCGCAAAGCGUGCGCUGCGAUGCCGGAGAGCUGCGCCGCUGCUAUCUGCGCCUAGCCUUGAAACACCACCCGGACAAGGUGGCACAGCGGGACUCGGACUUCAGCGUGUCGUUUCUUCGCGAGGUCACGGAGCUCUUUCAGCAGAUCCAAGCUGCGUACGAAGAGCUGUCUGCACGUAUAGAAGGUAAGUCACCAGGAGGCUUCGGCAGCAAGGCUCCGCGUGUUCGCUCGGCCUUUGCCGCCGCCUGUGAGCUGGGGGAUUUGGAGGCAGUGCAGCGUAUGCUGCUGCAGCGUGCAACUCUGGCCUCAGAGCCCGAUGAGCUGGGGGUGACGCCGCUGAUGUUCGCGGCGGCAGGUGGAUCGACUGCCGUGUGCGAAGCGCUGUUGGUCGCCAAGGCAUCUCUGCAGACCACGAACCCUUUGAAUUGGAGCGCCCUGACCUGGGCCGCUUUGCGUGGGCGCGCUGAGACCACCCGAUGGCUCUUAGAACGCGGAGCGCCCAUGGCGGACAAUGAUCUCAUUGUGGUGUCCUUCACGGGGAAUGACCAAACCUUCAAAGUGCUACUGGAUGCCUGCGAUGAGAAGCGGAUGCUGCAAGUCCGCGACAAGUCUCAGAAAGGUUUGCUCCAUUUCUCCCUCACAGGCCUGGCCUACCUGAAACGCUCGACGAGCUGCCACCUGAAGUCUGUAGAUUUGGCCAUCCAGGCGAAAUGUGAUCCGUGGGCAGAAGACAAACGCAGUCUCGAGUUCAAAGGAGAAGGUGUUGAGACCGUGCCAGUGCUGGCACAUUUGGUACAUUGUAUGGGUGAAAGCUGGGCCAACAAUGGCCUGGACGAGUCCCACGAACAUCUCUCCAUGAUUCGGAGGCUGUGUCUUCUGCGUGCCGAUGUCCAUGCGGAGGGUCCUCAUGGAAGUGCCUUGCAACUGGCUGUGGCGCAAAAAUUUCAUCGUGUGGAGCAGGCGCUUCUGCACCCUGAGAGGCCAGAAGCAACGGUCAUGCAACCAGUGAAGGCCACAGGGCUAGCAACGAUGCUGAAAGUGAUGUGCUGGUGUUGCGGGUAAUCUGUGGAACAUGGGCUUCGGGCGCCCGAACAUCGGCAGGCUCAAGGAUGACAUGUGGUUUCCCAUGGUUUCCCAGUUCCCGAGUUCGUUUCGGAACUCGCACAGAUCUAUAUUCUGGCUGGUGGUUUCCAAGA